GACCACAAUGCAAAAGUGAUUGUCCACAGAGAGAGAGAGAGAGAGAGAGAGAGGAUAAAAGCUGUGCAGCACUGUGGAGACAGGUAAGAGAUGAGAGAGAUUUGAUACUACUGUGGUUUUCCAUGCAUGUUUGUUUCUCAGGCUACUGCAAAAUUCUCAAAGGAGCUAAAGGCUGAGGAAGGAAACAACCACAAGCAGAUUCACCAUUUCUGUCCACAGCACACAAGACAAACAUGAAAAGAGUUAAAGACUAAAGAGGAAAAAAAGGAACCAUUUAAAAUGGUCACAUUGAAGCCUGCAGCUGCAUGCAGUGUGGUUCAAUGAAUAAGGAGGCAUGAUGACAUCCAAUAAAAACUUUAAAGCACCUUUAAAACAACAAAGCAGCCUGGACAGCUACAUAAUCGACAACUCUCAAAAGAAGAAAAACAUACUGUGGCGACGACGCUCUUUCAGCAGUGCCAAAAAUUCGACUACCGAAGAGAUCAAAGAUGUGACAUUAUCACGCAGUAAGCUGCACAGAACUCACUCAAGAUCUUUAGUGGAUUAUACUGAUCCUCAGAGAACAAUGGUAUUAUUGGAGAAACAAGACAAUGAAGCCUUUGGAUUUGAAGUUCAGACAUAUGGUCUUAAGGUGAAAAACAGCAGUAUGGUGGAGAUGUGUACAUUUGUUUGCAGUGUGCAAGAUGGCAGUGCAGCUGAAACUGCAGGUUUGACUGCUGGUGACAUCUUAUUGUCAGUAAAUGGUGUCAGUAUUGAGGGAUCUACCCACCAGCACAUUAUUGAGUUGAUUCGAGAAUCUAAUAACAUGCUGAAGUUGGAGACGGUCAGUGGGAAUGUUAUGAAGAGAAUUGAAUUAGAGAAAAAGAUGCGCUAUCUUAAGCAAACCCUUCGUGAGAAAUGGGUGGAACUGCAAUCUCUCACACUUCAGGAAAAGCGUCUUACUCGAGGUAAUUUGAAUGAGAGUGCUCAGAGUCUGUCUGUCGACUCGCUGAUGUCUCUCUCAUCUCCAACUGGCCGCUCUGGGCAGCGUUUUUCCAGUGACAGCAGUUGCCGCAGCAUAAUGACAGAUGAUAGUGAGGAUGGAGCCUUCAUGUCAUCAGUAUUUGAUGACUCAAGUCCGUUCAGCCCAACUGAGCCAAACGGAGGCUUCUUCCAGCUGGAAGUGGGGGCCUUGCAACCCCUGACAAGAACACGCAGCAUUAGCCUGGCCAGCAGUAACGGUUCACUCUCCCCAAGCUGGGAACAUUCAUCUUUUUCCAUCUUUGGGACGCUGCCAAGGAGAGGCAGGAAAGGUAGUGUCCGCAAGCACCUUCUAAAGUUCAUACCUGGACUGAAUCACUCUGUAGAAGAAGAAGAGGGCAGCUAA